CUUUCACCCAAUGGCUUAUAUAAUUCAUGAAAGCUGAUUGUUAGUACUGUUCACAUCAUUCUAAUGGGUGUCAUCACUGCAUCACAGUCGACAUGAUCGGCUCAGAGUUUAUUGAUUACCUCUCCAAGUUUCAGGUUGCCACUUAUGUUGGUGUUGAGGAUUUUGCGGACAAAUUUAAUUUCAUCAUAACAGUUAUGAUUUUAAUGCUGUGUGCUACAAUUGUUACCGUGAAACAAUAUAUGAUGAAGCCAAUUUCAUGUUAUAUGGCAACAGAUUUAGGCGGGAAAAAUCUAUUGGAUUAUGUAGAAAACUACUGUUGGGUCCAGGGUACAAUCCCUAUAACAUAUUCAGGAAAAGUACCAGAAACAGAUGAAGGCUGGGAAGAAUUAGAGAAACACAAACUACUUUAUUAUCAAUGGGUGCCAUUUGUACUUGGUCUACAGUGUAUUAUGUUUUAUCUACCUCGAUUAAUUUGGCAAAUGAUAUGCUACAAUAGAGUUGGAACAGAUGUACAACACUUAGUGCUUAGCGCUAAUCAAGCAGUACACGCUAAUGAAGAACAAAGAACUAAAAUGGUACAGCAUUUAGCAAAGACAUUAGAACAACUAUUAUUCCAGUUUAUAUUCAAUAAAACUGAUCAGAGUAUAAAUAAAAUUACACAACGUGAAUACCGUAGUGGAUUAUGGCCUAGUGUUCGACGUCGUAUGUGUAAAUGGGGAUAUUUAUUUCUAGUUAGUAAACGUUUAGGAACACGAUUAUUUGGUACAUAUUUAUUUAUAAAAUUUCUUUAUUUAUUAAAUGCUAUCGGACAAAUAUUUAUGAUGCAAUCAUUUCUUGGUUUAAAAACAGACAAUUAUACACUAUUCGGUAUUGCUAUAUCAAAAAAUAUUUUAGCCGGUUUAGACUGGGAAGUGACUAUGAUAUUUCCACGUGUUGGUUUUUGUCUAGUCCCACUGAAGCAUAUUGGAUCAAAUAAUUAUGCUACAGCUCAAUGUGUAUUACCAGUGAAUAUGUUAAAUGAACGUAUUUAUAUGUUUCUAUGGUUUUGGAUUGUAUUAGCGGCAACAAUUACAGCUAUCAGUAUACCAACAUGGUUUACACGUAUGAGUUAUGAAAAAUCACGGACACAUUUUAUUAAAAAAUAUUUAAAACUUGGUGAACAAGUCACUAAAAAAGAUAAAUAUAUGAUUGACAAAUUUACACAAUGUUUUUUACGUAAUGAUGGUGUUUUUCUGCUACGUAUGAUUGCUAUUAAUGCUGGUGAAUUAAUAUGUUCAGAGAUUAUAUGUCAAUUGUGGCAUACAUUUUGUGAAAAAUAUUUUUAUCGUGAUUUAACACGUAAACGUAAUCGUAGACUUAUACCACAUUUACACUUGAAACGUGGUAUUAUUGGCUUUAAAGAUAAAGGAGAUUGUAAAGAGAGGAAAUAUCCACCGCCACUACCACUACCAAUUGAGUCAUCAGCCACUGCACCACCAUCUCAUCUUGUCUUGUCGUCUGAUGCACCGAUUGAUACACCCGAUACAGAUGAAGAUGGUUAUUCACGUGAUGAUGAAGACGAUGAUGAUAAUUUAAAGCGUCAUUUAAAGAAAAAGUAUACAGGAGAAUAUAAAGAAUCUGUUUAAGGCUACCUUUUUUUAUGCUUAAAAUAUUAUAUUUUUAUUGAGUACAAUUCAAGAUGAGAUAUUCAAACUAUCCAGUUUUAUACAUAUAUACAUUGGACAAAUGCUGAUCAUAGAUCAAUAAACCUUUUACAAUGAAUACCUUUUCCAGUGAACAUUAUUACGAUGAUAUCAAAUUUACAAUUCGUUUUGUUUUGUUUUGUUUUCUAAAAUUAUUUGUUAAUCGAUAUUAUGGAGAGUUUUCAAUGAAAGUCUGUUCAACUAACUCACUAACUAACUAGUUAGCUGACCAACAGCUGUCUUUCUUAUGCCUCUUUCUAUCUAUCUGUCUAUCUAUCCAACUAGACAAGAAGCGCAUGUAUAUUAAAUUAUUAAUUUCAUAAUUAUUAAGUUGUCUUUUCCUUUAUUUUUGGUUGUUCUUUUUUGUUUUUGUCUUUUUUUUUACAAUUUAUUGAUUAUCUUUUACACUCAAUCAGGGAGAUUAUGCAUUUAUUCAUGUUAUUUAUUUUAAAUUCUUCAUAAUUUUUAUCAUAUCAUUUAUAUAAAUGUAUAUACUUACGCAUAUCUUUGUAUUUUUAUUGUAUACGUGAAUAAAGACAACCUGGACUUUAUAAAAUUAUCAGUUUUAAAGUCAGGAACCAAA